CCAUAGCAAAAACUUUAUUCUAACUCUUCGUGAGCGAACUGACCAAAGCACCAGAAGACUGGGCAAGCGGAGGAAAAUCAUAUGAUAAUAGGGCUGCGUCCAUGAAAGAGGAAGAAGAAAUAUCCUCCGACAUCGCCGGAGGAAAAAAAUGAAGGGAAAAUCAGCAGGAAGACGGGGAGGAAAACCCUAACCGCCAGCACGUAGUUCGAAUCUUUAAAUCAAAUCAAAUGAAAACUGAAUUUUUUUGCACGACCCGACAACCCCGCUCAGAGUCUCAUUUCACAAACUGGAACCGAUCUUUCGGAGCGAUUCGCCCGUUAUGUUAUGUCAACGGCUCGAUCGUGAUCUCGCAUAGGAAUAUUAUGCGUCGCUUCCGCAUGACAGAAUCUCCCUUAAUAAAUUAGGUCGAAAGUCUAAGCUCGCCGUCUUAAAAUUUCUUUAUUUCAGUUGGUCUUCCUGUCUUCGACUACCGCUCAACGCGAUCCGCCAGUCAGCUGGUAGCGGAUUUCGGAUCGUGUGGGCUGGAGAGAAGAGGAAGGGUGGAAUGACGAAUUGGGAGUUGAAGAACUGCUGCAAGCACGAACAAGUCGUCUUCAUUGCAACCAUUGGUGUGUCCAUCGUUGUAAUCCUCUCUCUGUGGAGGACAGUGCUGCUAACUCCUUUCAAGCUUAUCACAGUGUUUCUUCAUGAAACAAGCCAUGCUCUUGCCUGUAAGCUAACUUGUGGUCAUGUAGAGGGUAUUCAAGUCCAUGCAGAUGAGGGUGGUGUGACACAGACACGUGGUGGAGUGUAUUGCGUGAUUUUGCCGGCUGGAUAUCUUGGUUCAUCAUUGUGGGGAUUAGUUUUUAUACUGGCAUCAACCAAACUUCUCACUGCAAGGAUAGCUGCUGGUUGUCUCAUUCUUGCAUUGUUUGUUGUUCUCUUCGUUGCAAAAAAUUGGUUACUUAGAGGACUUUGUAUUGGUUUCAUCAUUUUUCUGGCCAUUGUAUGGGUAUUGCAAGAACUUACUCAUGUCCGCAUCCUUCGCUAUGCCAUUUUAUUUAUAGGUGUAAUGAACAGCUUGUUUUCAGUCUACGAUAUCUACGACGAUUUGAUUUCUCGGAGGGUCAACUCAAGCGACGCCGAGAAGUUUGCUCAAAUUUGCCCUUGCCCAUGCAAUGGAGUUGCAUGGGGUGUCAUCUGGGGUAUAAUAUCUUUCACAUUUCUAUGUGGAUCCAUGUAUAUUGGACUUGUGAUCCUCUCCUGAAGGUAAAAGAUAUUGAUGCAGUUCCUAAUGAUCAACCACCCAUCAUGUUUCACAAUGCUUGUACAUCAUCAUUCUUUAGAGGUUUUUUUUUUUUUUUUCUUGUCUCAGUUAACAUUCAUUCCUUCAUAAUUGUUUUCAUUUAGUGUUCAAUUGUUCAUUGCCAUGAAACAC